UGCUGAUAAAUGGUGGCAGAAGUAGUCAAGAUUGUUAGUAUCGGUUACAAAAUUACUUGCGGAGCAGAACUCUUUAUAGCCAAGAAGAAGGACUUAGAAGAGAAGAGAGGCUUAGAAGAUAACUUUUAUAGAAUUACUUUAUACUCUUUAUAUUGUAGCAAAAAGAGAUCGGCUAAAGAAAGAGUUUUGGUCAAGACCCAAUCCGAGGAAAGAAGCUUGAUGCAGAGAUUCUACUGAAUCAAGAACUUGCUCGAAUAAAAAUCGUAUCAUUCUUUCGGAAUAUUGCUGUCCAUUACAUAACGGUUUUAAAUAGACUGGUUCAGUUACAAGAUAAUUCCCUUCAUUGGAGAUAUCUUUUUCCAGAUCCCAUGCCUUAAAAUCAGGAAUAGUGGGAUGGCUAACCUGCUGGUUUAUCAACACCUCUUUUUUGAGUGGGUCAAGGUCUGCAUACUUAGAAUAAAGCCUGAUGUGUACAGAAGUUUCAUCUUGGAUACUUGACCUAGAU